UCACUCAUACCGCAGCAAGUUUCAGUCAAUUCUGCUCAGAACUUCACUUCAUAACCUCUUCGUGUUGUUUGUGCACGAGUCAUUUGUGAUCUCCAGAAAUUAGUCGAAAAAUCAGAUUUUAAAGAUGUUUGGCGGUGCUCAACCUAUUCUGGUUUUAAGCCAAAACACAAAGCGUGAGUCCGGACGGAAAGUGCAGCUGGAGAACAUAAAUGCCGGAAAGGCCAUAGCUGACGUUAUCCGAACAUGCCUCGGACCCCAGGCUAUGUUGAAAAUGUUGAUGGACCCAAUGGGUGGCAUCGUAAUGACCAACGAUGGUAAUGCCAUUCUCCGAGAAAUCACCGUUCAGCAUCCGGCCGCCAAGAGUAUGAUUGAAAUCGCUCGUACUCAAGAUGAAGAGGUUGGCGAUGGAACUACUUCGGUAAUUGUCCUUGCCGGAGAGAUGUUGGCCGUCGCUGAACCCUUCUUAGCACAACAAUGGCAUCCAACACAAAUCAUUCGGGCUUAUAGGGAAGCGCUCGAGGACAUCAUCAAACUUUUGCAGAAUGACCUUAGCGUUCCAAUUGAUAGAUCGGAUAAGAAAAAGAUGGCUGAAGUCGUAAAGGCUUGCGUCGGAACGAAAUUCAUUGGACGUUGGUCUGAGUUGGCUGUUAAGAUUGCAUUGGAUGCUGUCGAGACGGUUACGUUGAGCGAGCAUGGACGCACAGAAGUUGAUAUUAAGAGAUACGCUAAAGUUGAAAAAAUUCCUGGCGGAUCUAUCGACGAAUCGUACGUUCUCAGGGGUAUUAUGGUCAAUAAAGACGUCACCCAUCCUAAAAUGCGACGAUACAUUAAAAACCCAAGAAUUGUGUUGCUAGAUUGCCCUCUAGAAUACAAAAAAGGUGAAAGUCAAACAAACGUAGAAAUUGUUGGUGAACAAGAUUUCACGCGCAUGCUUCAAAUUGAGGAGGAACACGUUGAAAAGAUUUGCGCCGACAUUAUCGCUAUUAAGCCUGAUGUUGUUUUCACCGAGAAGGGGGUAUCAGAUUUGGCUCAACACUUCCUAUUGAAGGCUGGAAUCACUGCAAUCCGUCGUCUGCGGAAAACCGAUAAUUUACGUAUUGCCAGAGCGUGUGGUGCAACUAUUGUAAACCGUACCGAAGAGUUGACAGAAAAAGACGUUGGAACAGGUGCUGGUCUCUUCGAAAUCAAGAAAAUCGGUGACGAGUACUUCACCUUCAUCACAGAAUGCAAAGAUCCAAAGGCUUGCACUAUCCUCCUUCGUGGUGCAUCAAAGGAUAUCCUAAGCGAAACAGAGAGAAAUCUCCAAGAUGCACUUCAUGUAGCUAGAAAUCUCGUUCUCGAACCAAGACUAGUUCCAGGCGGUGGCGCCAUUGAAAUGGCACUCUCACAGGCUUUGACUAAGAAACAAGUUAAAGGACCAUACAGUGCCGUCGCUCAAGCUCUGGAAAUUAUUCCACGCACAUUGGCACAAAAUUGCGGUGCAAAUACAAUUCGUACAUUGACUGCGCUACGCGCUAAACACGCUUCACAUUCCGGUGAUGCUGGGGUCUGCACUUGGGGCAUUGACGGUGAAUCUGGUGAGAUUGUUGACAUGCAUGUGAGAGGUGUAUGGGAGCCGCUUUCGGUGAAGAUGCAAGUGUACAAAACUGCUGUUGAAACAGCUAUUUUGCUGCUGCGUAUUGACGAUAUUGUUUCGGGAUCAAAGAAGAAGGGUGAACAGGGUAUACCGACACCAUCACAAGCAGCUGCCGGAAUGGAAUAGGAAAUGCCGCUUGGUCUAGGAGUUUCUUAUUAAAUUAUCAUAAAUAAAAAAACACACGACUCUUUCAUUCUUCUGUCACUAAUAAUAUAUUAUCGCAUUUUGCCCGUUAAUGUACUUUAUAUCGCUUUAAUUUUGUAAUUAAUUUUACUAAAAUACACAUUAGUAACCGAAA